AAUCAACGAGUCCUUUGGCUGAAUUUAUUGUGAGGUUUCGAGAUAAAGGACCAUGUAAAGAGAUUUAUACUAAACGAGCACAGCUCUUGCUUCCACUCUAUCCUCCCAAGGCUAACAACGGCGUUCUGACCUCGAAGUUUGUACAAACAAUUAAUGCUCACGUGUGGGAACAAACAACGAAGCAUUCCUUCCUGGUGCCCUGACCUUCAAUCAACGAAACACUGGGGAUACAGUCACUUACAAAGAACAUUGGCAUAUUAUCCGAAGCUUUGGAAUGUACAGUGUUCUUGCGGGGCAUCAAAACAGGAAGAAAAUAUCUCCAAUGCCCAUGUUUACUUAGAGCUCGAUGUCAGACAAUCAGCGAAAGAAUCUGCUGCAACUUGCGACCUAUAUGAUGUGCCUCAAGCUUUAACAUUCAAUCGUGAAUACAGAUUGGCUGGAAUCAUCCAUUAUUCUGCAAAGGAGGAUCACUUCAUCGCUUACUGUCGACGUCAGUCUGGGAGCUGGGAGAUACAUAAUGGGUUGCACAGUAAAGUCGAGCCUGUGAGAGGAAAUCCUAGAAUACAACCUAAUUGUGCAAUUUAUAUAAUGAAUCAGCAGGAAACAGGAAUUCAAUCGUCGAAAGCCGCUGUUCUUGACCUGAAGGGAAUUAUGGAUAAGGAAAAAAAUUGUUUCAACUGCGGGGACUCGUCGGUUGAGAAGGAAAAAUCGAAAUGAUUUCUUUCAUAGAACUUGAAAGCCUCCUCCAAGGAUAUCUGUCGAAAAAUUCUUCUGAAACCCGUUAUUUUAAAGAUAAUUACGAUUGAAGUGACGAUAUUUCUCCAAUCUACAAUAAGAAAAAAAAUAUUUUUAUAGGUAGAUAACUGAUUAACUAUUCUAUUUAGAGAAUACUGAUUGAUCGAGAGACAUUAGAAGAUAACAGGAAAUGAUUUCCUCUCCUGGAGGCUUUCAUUAAUACAAUAAUCCCACAUGGAAAUGCGUUAUGCCCUCUCUUAUUUAUUGUAUGAUUAUCUUGACAAUGAACAACGUCAGAAGCAAUUAUCGAAUACUUUUAUUCUGUAUAAAAUUUACCCUGAGAGUAUAAUGCCCAUCACAAUUUCCUCUUGAAAUCCCUCUUUUUUGUAGAUGAAUCAACAUAUUCGAUCUAUAGGGCGAGCUUGAAACUUCCAACACACUCUUUGAAGAAUAAUAAAAUUUUAAUAAUGCUUCAAAAUACCCAUUGUAAUUUUGUUACAGUGAGAUAAUUAAGAUAAUUGAUCUCGAGCGAUGUCGUAUGUGUAA